AUGGCACCUCGCAACACCUCACCACCCACAUAUGAAGAAUCGCUAUACGUCGCUUCUACCAGUCGUCGUCCGCUGUCCAGGAAGAAAAAAGUCAGUCAGGGGAUUGGAGGUGAUGUAGUGGGAAGUAUGAAAAGGGGACUGUCUAUCAAUGAUAGCCAGAGUAAGAGAAAAGAGGGGAGACUGAAAUUACUUUUGAGUAUAGCAGGUGUAUUGUUUCUCGUUCUCACGACGAUAUGGAUUGUAAGAUUGAAUAAGAGGAUAAAUGACAAAGGAGGAUGGACGAAUCUCUAUCAAGUGAUCUCUCAUCGUAUAUCUUCUUCAUCCAUGCCAAUCGCACAGGACAGGGAACUAUAG